AUGAAAGACUCGUCAUCGCAGUUUAUGACCACGCAGGUGGUCGAUAUCGGAUCCGGUUUGGGACAUUUGCCAAACUCCCUCGCAGCGAUUGUCAUUCAAAACAGACCAUCCGAUCGUUUACCAAUCAGAAUUUACGCGAUUGACUGUGAUCCGGCGUUGGAUCAAAAGGCUCGUCUCACGCUGGAGCGGUUCGCCCAGGACAGCAAUGUUAAUCUUCAAUCACGGGCUCGAAUAGUGCGACGCGUGCUUUUUCGCUUGACCGAACCGAACGUGACUGAAUUUAUGCACUUGUGA